GUAGGGGACUACAAAAGGUGCUCGUUUGGAGCGCAUACUUGUUACUUGGGCGUGUCACGCACGCUGUAGUCGCCGACCAAGAUGUCCAAACUGGCAUCAGUGAAGCCGCUUCCCGAAGUUCGCGCCAGCGCGAGAACAACACCGCGGAGACCACUUGCAAUUUCAUCUAUAUCUCCGUCGCGGACGAGUUACGGAUGCGAUUGAGGCGCUGACCUACAGCGCACCACCCACGGCCACGCCACUGGGCGCGUGCACACGCCAAACGCGCGCGCGCGCGCGCGCACCCGCCGCGCCGCGCCGCCCGCCGCCGCCCAAAACGCGACCGCACCCGCGCAGGGCACCUUCGGCGAGGCCGAGCUCACGCCCGAGGAGAUGCAGAGCCUCUGCGCGCAGUACACGAAGACCUACGACGGCCAGAUCCCGCCCAUGUGGAAGGCGGCCUUCGACGGGAACCUGCCGGCCAUGAAGGCGCUCCACUUCUUCUACCGCAAGGGCGUCGACGGCUUCGACGCGAUGAACCGCGAGGACCGGUCCAUGCCGACGCACAUCGCCUGCCUCCGGGGCCACCACGCCGUGCUCGAGUGGCUCGCGGGGCUCCACUGGCACGACGGCCGCCUCGUGACGAACUUUAAUCUCCGGGACGACGGCGGCCACACGCCGCUCUGGUUGUGCGCGGCGUGGGGCUGGGAGAAGUGCGUGCGGCUGUUGUUGACGCUGCCGCACGUGCACCCGCUCGUGCCCGACGCCCAGGGCGUGUCGCCCGAGGAGGCCGCGCGGCGCGUGGGCUUCCACCAGGUCCGGCGACCGGCGUCCCCGCGGAGCCUUCUUCGAUCGAAGGCGCCGUCGUCACGCAUCCCCGCACGCAGAUCGCCGACGCCAUCAAGGUCCGCGCGGAGGAGCUCGGCGUGGCGCUGCCGGAGCGCGCCUUCUGGGACGAGCCCGACAAGCGCUUCUACGUCAAGGAGCCCGAGGCCGCGCCGGCCGCGGAGGAGUCCGACGACGAGGAGGACAUGGAGUGAGUGUGUAGUAGCUGUCCCAAACCCCCGCCCCUGGUAAGAAAGUUUUGUCGAA